GAUCUAAACCCAGCUUCCAUCCACUGGCUACGCAAAAGCGUUCAGCUGAACAAGCUCCCCAACGUCCAGGAGCUCGAAGAGUUUCCCGACUUUGGUGAAGACUUCACAGCUCCCUCAAUGGGCUCGCUGUUGGUGAUCCAUGCCCCCGGCGAUGCUCGGAAGUUCAUCCCUGGCCUCUUCCAGAAGCGGCAUCCGGUAACGCAUGCAGUUUUCAACCUCCCAGCGGCCGGCGUGGAACUUCUCGAUUGCUUCCGGGGUCUGGACUACGUGGCGGCCGAACUGCCAGCACCGCUCGUUUGCUGCUACACGUUUAGCGAUGCUUCAGUUGAUUCUGCGGGUAGCGACGGUUGUGUUGCCGACCUGCUUGUGCGGCUAGCAGCCUCUCUGAGUGUACCGGUG